AUGAAUCUGCGUUCUGUAUUUACUGCAGAACAACAAAGGAUAUUGCAGCGUUAUUAUGAAAAUGGAAUGACAAAUCAGAGUAAAAAUUGCUUUCAGCUCAUAUUACAGUGUGCACAAGAAACUAAGCUGGACUUCAGUGUAGUCAGGACCUGGGUUGGCAACAAAAGAAGAAAGAUGAGCAGCAAGAGCAUUGUGGAUUCUGGAGGUACUCCAUCGGGGACUGUUGCUAGCACUCUGACCAUGCCUCCGGAAGUGGCGGUCCGAAAUGUGGUCAGCAUAGCUCGCUCUCAAAGCCAGCAGUCAUCUUGGACAUCCUCCAACAACGAUGUGAUAGUAACUGGCAUAUACAACCCAGCCAGUUCCUCUGGCAGACUGGUGUCCUCCAAACAGACUAAUGCUUUGAUGAACGAUAUGCAUAAAAGCUCUCUUCAGAGGCCACCUGGAAAAAGUGAGCCAGAAUUUCAGCGGCAGCACAUUUCGGUGGCCCGGCAAGCACCCCAUUGUAAAAACGCCUCGCUGUUUCUAGGAGAGAAAACGAUCAUCUUGUCAAGGCAAACCAGCGUGUUGAAUUCAGCAAAUUCCAUUUAUAAUCACAGUAAGAAAAGUUACGGUGGUUCUUCAGUUCAGACUGCGGAGUUGGUUUUACCUCAGAAGCCUGUGUUGUGCCACAGGCCGUAUAAAGUGGAGCAGAUGGGGUGUCAAAGGCUACAGAAACAGGAACAUCCGAUCCUUGCCUCACACAUUCCAUCUGGACAAAGGGCUAAUAUGAGGGACCCUUCCUGCAGCACGCACAACUUGGAAAUCCGUGAGGUUUUCUCCUUGGCUGUUACCGAUCAACCUCAGCGAAUCCUGGGUGGAAACACACAGAAGUCAUCUUCGGGAGAAGGCAGUUGUCUAUCCAUUGCCAUGGAAACGGGGGAUGUCGAUGAUGAAUAUGCGAGAGAAGAAGAGUUGGCCUCAAUGGGUGCUCAGAUACACAGUUAUUCAAGAUUAAGUGGUUCAUCCCUUAGGUCAGAGAAUCCAAGCACAGGUUUGCCUGCGUCAGGAAGAAGCGUCCGUUGCAGUUCGCACGUGGUCAACACGCGGGACUUACAUGACAACAUCAUGUAUCAUAACAGAGACUACCACUUGCCUCCACGGACCUCCUUACACACUACAUCCAGUACACUGUACAGCAGUUCUUACCCAUCAAGAAGCAACCUUUCUUCGCAUUUUGCAGCAUCCAAUCAGCUAAGGCUGUCUCAAAACCAAAACAAUUACCAGAUUUCAGGAAACCUUACUGUGCCUUGGAUUACGGGUUGUUCCCGAAAAAGAGCACUACAGGACCGUACACAAUUCAGUGACCGGGAUUUAGCGACCCUCAAGAAAUACUGGGACAAGGGAAUGACCAGCCUUGGCUCAGUUUGCAGAGAAAAAAUUGAAGCGGUUGCUGCAGAGUUGAAUGUUGACUGUGAAAUAGUGCGGACUUGGAUUGGGAAUCGAAGACGAAAAUAUCGCCUGAUGGGAAUUGAAGUUCCUCCUCCUCGAGGUGGCCCUGCUGAUUUUUCCAAUCAGUCUGAUUCCAGCAGCAAAUCAAUACCCAUUCCAGGAGAUGAUGCUUCAACUGACGUGGGAGAUGAUAAUGACAGAAAUGACGAAGUCUCAAUCUGUUUAUCCGAAGGAAGCUCACAAGAAGAACACAGUGAAGUUCUUCAGAGUGAAGACAUCGGUCACAAAGAGGAGGACCAGACUACUGUAUCUGCUGAUAACGUGAAAAUAGAAAUCAUAGAUGAUGAAGAAAGUGAUAUGAUAAGUAAUUCUGAAGUGGAUCAAAUGAGCUCUCUUCUGGACUACAAAAAUGAAGAAGUUAGAUUCAUGGAAAAUGAACUGGAGCAUCAGAAACAGAAGUAUUUUGAACUGCAGACUUUCACUAGGAGUUUGAUACUUGCUAUCAAAACAGAUGAUAAAGAACAGCAGCAGGCACUUCUGGCAGAUUUACCUCCAGAGUUAGAAGAGAUGGAUUUCAAUCACGCAUCUCCAGAACCUGAUGAUACCUCAUUCAGCUUAUCGUCUUCUUCGGAGAAAAAUGCCUCGGACAGUUUGUGAUGCUCCGUCAAAGGAAAUAAGACAGCCUAGUUUGCUUAAAUGUGUAUGUUUUGAACUAAUGACAUUUU